AUGGCACCCAUCCCUUCCAUCAGCAUAGCAUCCAUUGUCAUCGGGUUUAUCUCAUUUGCAUUCACACUUGCCAUUUGGAUUCACGCUUUUUGGGGAGCUUUCCUUACUGUUGUCUCGGCUCCGUCGCAACUACGAGACGCCUUCUCAACGCUCCGUCAAUCACUAUAUGAAGAACGGGAAUACCUUAAACGUAAGCGGCGGCGUGAGAAGGGGACAUACGACAGAGAUUCGAAGCAGAGAUCACUUUACGAUGAAGGUGGACCAACAAAAGUUAUUAAUGAUGCUGUGAAGGACCUGAUACACGAUUUCAAGAGAUAUGAACGUCCGUUCCUGGAGACACCUCAUACAGGCCGAGAAAAGGAGCUAGAAUGGAGCUUUAAUGCAACUCAACAACACUACAGAUGCGAUUUCUCCCACCGAUUGCUGUGGUUAAGAAGUAAAGGAGGGAUCGAGAGUAUCGCUGAAAAGCUCCAGAAGAUCCAAACACGCAGAAUUGCAGUAGAAACAACGGAAUCACGAUUCAUGCUGGCAGAUGUCAUGGGAAUGAUCAGAGACAACGAACGAAGACUAAGUGCCAUCGAAGAACGGUUACAGAUGUCAAAAAUUGGAUAUUGA